UUACAUAUAUAAAAACUCUCUCAAGGAGUUCAAACUCCACACACUUUUGUAUACUCAGAUUAGGGGAAAAAAAAUGAGUGACCAAUCAUCAGAACCAUUAUUAUUAUUAAAGCGAAAAACUGCAUCAACGCUUGAUGAAACAAUAGAAAGGUGCAUUAGUGAAUUUGGAUGGGCACAAUUGUUACAAGCCGUCCUCGUAUCCCUAUCAUGGGUUUUCGAUGCUCAACAAGCGUUCAUAAGUGUCUUCACCGACACUCCUGCCGUUAAUGAAUGGUCGUUACAAGAUGCGAGUUCAAUUCUCAUUGGCCUCCCAGCAUCUUCAUUCUUCAUAGGUUGUCUUAUCGGAGGUUUAGCUCUAUCAACUUUGGCUGACACAAAACUAGGUCGAAAAAACAUGUUGGUUAUAUCAUGUGUUGUCAUGUCAAUUACCGGAGCCAUUACAUCAAUUUCCACAAAUAUUUGGAUUUAUUCUUUUUUGAGGUUUUUGACUGGAUUUGGAAGGGCUACUAUAGGGACUUGUGCACUUGUCUUGUCAACGGAGUUAGUGGGAAGUCAAUGGCGUGGACAAGUUGGUAUAAUUGGUUUUGUUUGUUUCACUAUUGGAUUUCUUUCUUUACCACUUAUUGCCUUUGUGAAUAGAGGGUCUUCAUGGAGAGUGUUGUAUUUGUGGACUUGUAUUCCUACAAUGUUGUACUCAAUUUUGGUGCAUUUCUUUGUUCGUGAAUCACCAAGAUGGUUGUAUGUGAGAGGGAACAAAGAAGAAUUUGUGUUAACUUUGAAAAGUAUUACAACAAGGAGUAGCUUGACUUUGAGUUUCUUUGGCUCCUUCAUCGAAUUCGAAGAUCAAGAACAUAAUAACUCGGAGGAGUCGACAACCAGUCUCUACUCAACUAUCAAGAUGUUGGUAGAAAAAAAAUGGGCUUUCAGACGACUAAUAUCGGUUAUGUUGGUUGGUUUUGGUAUAGGAACGGUAUAUUAUGGUAUGCCUUUAGGGGUUGGAAAUUUACCUUUCAAUCUAUACUUAAGUGUCACACUUAAUGCACUUUCAGAAUUGCCAGCUUCUAUGGUAACAUUCUUCCUAAUUGGCAAGUUAACUAGGAAAAAAUCACUCCUAGGAUUUGCUAUGCUAAGUGGAAUUUGUAGCAUAGGUUGUGUUAUAGUGAAAGAUGAUUAUUUGAAGGAGUUACAAAUGGGGCUUGAACUUGUUUCCUUUUUUAGUGCAUGUACUUCUUUUAAUGUUUUGUUAAUUUACACUGUGGAAUUAUUCCCAACAUGUGUUAGAAAUUCUGCAGUGUCAAUGGUGAGACAAGCAUUGGUUCUUGGUGGUGCAUUUAGUCCAAUGUUAGUGGCAUUUGGGAGAACAAAUAGAUGGCUUUCUUAUGGAGUUUUUGGGAUUUGUAUAGCAAGUUGUGGAUUGUUUGUGUUGUGUUUACCAGAAACUAAAGGCAGGACAUUAAGUGAUACUAUGGAUGAAGAGGAGUACAAGGAAGGUGUAUUUGUCUGCUAACCAAUUAUUGUAAAGUAUGACAUUUUCUUCUUAAUAAUAAAAGAUUAUAGCAUGAUCAGAA